AAGGGCGUGUUUGACACGAUUUUUGUUUGCCCUUAAAACAUGUUAGACAACAUAGUGGAACGUCUGAAAUUCAAUAAAAAUUAUUGACGGGAAUUUUGAUUUUUGAGGUGUUUCAGUUGAGAUUUUGAGUUUUAAGAGGACUCGGAGGCCGAUAGAUGGUAUGUGAAGAGUAUUGGAGUUUCUAGAUAAUUGUACUGCAUUAAUAUCGACAUAAGAAGUCAUCCUCAGAGAGCCCUGAACGGGAUUGCACACUUGGCACAAGUAUCCAAGCAGGACUUUUAUUGGCUAUAUAGAGAUUGGAUUGCAGAGAAAUUCUUUUUAUAUGGGUAUUCUGUGUUUGAGAAUUGGAGUUCAGAAACUUUUUAGAGGCUCGAGUUCUAUAUAUUGAAGAUGUCUGUGGAAGAACCUUGACUGAAAUUUAUGCAGAGCUCUUUCCCUUGAUGUCUUUUUCAAGUAUUUGGAAGAAUCAUCAUUGAAAUUUAACAAACAUUUCAUCUCUAUGAUCAGGUUAGAGAUCAUGGGCUCCACACACAGAAUACAACUGGUCCUGCCCCUGACUUUCAUGAUGGUAAUUUUAGCCUUGAGGGCUCUUCCAGAAAUUGCAGGACAGACAAUUUCAUCAAGUGGCUUUGCACCAGGGAGAAAUUUGCUUCAGACAGACAAUGUCUCAGAACCAGUUAAACAGUCCGAUGAUACUGUGAGGGUGGAUCCUCUAGACAACUUAAAAAAAUACAGGGGAGGAUAUGAUAUCACCAACAAGCACUAUUGGAGUUCAACCAUAUUUACUGGGAUUUAUGGAUAUUGCGCUGGGUUGCUGUGGCUUUUGUGUGGAGUUGUAUAUGGAGGCUUUCUGCUGGCAACUACUUUUUGUUGUACAAGUAGAAAGAUUGGAAAGCUGAGGAAAAGAUUACCUAAUAAGCAGUUUUGCCUCAGACCAAUUCUCCUUGUCACAUUGUUCACAAUUCUAGCAAUAACUGCAUCUGGGUUAGUUCUGGGGGCCAACGCAAGAUUUCACUCAAGAGCCAAAACAGUGGUGAACAUUAUCAUGAACACAGCAAAUGAGGCUUCAGAAACCAUAUACAAUACAACAGGAGCAAUGAAAGACAUAACAAAUAACUUAGGAGCGGCUGAAGGAAGUAGUGAUGCUUCUGACUUCCUUACCUCCACAUCUGAGAAACUUAAUGUUGAAGCUGCAGAAAUACAAAGGCAGGCAAAGAAGAACAGGCAUCUGAUCGACAAGGGUCUGAGGAUAGUAUAUAUAAUAACGACAGUUACCAUCUCAUUCAACCUGGUUGCGGUCAUAGCUCUUUCAGUGUCUGGAACUAUGAGGUUUCGUCGGGCACUUUACCUGUUCAUUAUACUAUGCUGGUCCCUGACGGUUCUUUGCUGGUUGUUCUCUGGAAUAUAUUUCUUUUUAGAGAAGUUCUCUAGUGAUACGUGCACAGCUCUUGAAAAUUUCCAAGAAAAUCCCAGCACCAGCAGCUUGAGCUCAAUCCUUCCUUGUGAUGAAGUACUAUCAGCUAAAUCAGUCCUAUUUGAUGUCAGUGCAGGGAUCUACAAGCUUGUUAAUGAGGUGAAUGCAAACAUAUCCCUCUUUCAAGGAACAUCGAAUCCAAAUCUUCUUUAUGUUUGCAAUCCCUUCUCUGCACCACCAGACUACCAAUACCAGCCAGACAACUGUUCAGCUAAUACAAUUCGAAUAGGAGACAUCCCAAAGGUAUUGAAGUUCUUUACUUGUUCGGAUGCCAACAAUGGGAAAUGCGAAAAUGGUCAACUUCUAUCUAAUAGCAACUACAAGAUAGUGGUGGCUUACUCAAAUUCAAUACAAAAUCUGCUCGACGCAUAUCCGGGAAUGGAAAGUCUAGUAGAAUGUCAAUCAGUGAAGGAUGCAUUUUCUGAGAUCCUGUUUAAGCACUGCAAACCUUUGAAGAGAUAUGUUCGGAUGGUAUGGGUGUCAAUGUUGUUCCUGUCAGUGAUCAUGAUGAUUUUGGUUCUGAUAUGGAUGUCACAAGCUCAUCAUGAGCAGAACCUUCACCUUUCAAAUGGAUCUGUGAAACCCCAUCAUAUAGCAACCGGAGAUACGCUGGAAGCAGGAGCAACUGAAGAAGUUAACAGCCACACAAAAUCAAGUACAGCCUAUAAUUAGCAGUUAGUCCCUGGAAAAUACUGGAAGAUAAAUGCGCAAGCUACUUCCAAAAACUUUAUAGAGGGGAAUCAGCAUCCAAGAUAGGAUACAUAUAUACAUAUGUAUAUAUAAUAUAUAUAUAUA